AUGAACAUUGAAAGAGUUUAUAACAGCCAUGCCGAUAAAUACAUUCCAAACUAUGAUGUUAAAAUGAAAAGAGUAUUGGCUAUCAUUUAUAGUAUUGAAAUGGUCAACAAGAAUAAGCAUUUACUGCCUAAUGUGAGCUUAGGCUACGAUAUGCGAGAUUAUUGUUCGUGUACCAGGGUUGCUUUAACUCAGUCGUUUGAUUUUGUAAAGAGUUUUUCUGCAACUAAUUGCGAUGAAAAGUAUUCACAGGAUCAUGCUGCAAUUAUGGGGACUGAAACAAGUAAGGAUUCCAUUGCCGUAGCAACGCUAAUAGGUGAUUAUCAUAUUCCCAUGGUUAGUUAUUUUUCAUCAAGUCAUAUUUUAAGUGAUACAGUGCGUUUUAAGACAUUCUUUCGUACAAUACCAUCGGAUAUUAAUCAAGCUAAAGCACUUGUUAAACUCGUCAAAUAUUUUGGCUGGAAUUAUGUUGCGCUAGUGGCGGUUACCGAUAGCUAUGGUGACGCAUUAGCAAGUUCAUUUUCGGCUAUGGCUUCAACAGUUGGCAUCUGUAUACCCAUACAUCGCAUCAUCUCUACUUUAGAUGGCAAGAACCAGAUUCGGAAUAUCGUUCAAGAUAUUGCUAAAAAUGAUAAAGUUAAUGUCAUCUUAUUAAUGGUGACUCUAACUGAAGCAAAGUUAUUCAUCGAGGAACUUUACAACCAAAAUGUUACUGGUAAAACACUCGUCGGCUGCGACGCUUGGAUAGGUGAUAAGCUUUUGCGAAUAGUGAACCAUAUUUAUUUCGAUCAGCAGGGUGUUAUAGGUCUUACAUUUUCGCCGAAUUAUAUAGAUGAUUUCGAAAGAUACCUAGCUAACAUUAAUUUAUGCCAGCAAGAUAAUAAUGUCUGGUUACAAGAAUAUCAGCGAUGGAGAAACUGGGGAAAUCCUCUUUCUCGCCACUGUAAACUUCCUCGAGUACCCAAAGUGAGAGUUAACUCUUCCUUGCUUGAUGAAUCAGCCGCUGGCAAUAUUAUCGAUGGAGUUUAUGCAAUUGCAUACUCAUUACAUAAACUAUUAAAUUGUUCUACUCAAUAUUGUCCAUAUAUUGAUUUUCGACAUUUUCCUAGAAUGAAAUUUAUCAAGAUCCUCCGUAAAAUUACUUUCCCGGGAUUAACAGCUAGCCGCUUCCGAUUUGAUAUCAAUGGCGAUCGUUAUACCGACUAUUCCAUCGCGAAUAUACAGAAACACCCAACUACAGGCAGAUUCUAUCUCCGAGCAGUGGGUCGGGUGGGUAAUGACCUUCAAAUUAAAGCCGAUAAAGAUAAGUUCGUUUGGAAUUUUCCAUUGAAUGAUAAAGAUGAAAUCGAUAGUCAUCCGAAAUCGAGAUGUAGUGAAGAUUGCCAACCAGGAACCUACCGCGAUGACAUCGAAACUGGCGGUUGUUGUUGGAAUUGCAAACCUUGUCCUGAUAACUAUUAUUCUAAUCAAACUAAUUCUCCAUUAUGCCAUGCAUGUUUAUUGGGUUUUAAAUCAAACGCCAACAGAUCUGAAUGUAUUAAAGUAAACAUUACUAACUUAAGUCUACGCGAUCCAUUAGUUAUUUUCUUAUUUUCAUUCCUUGUUGCUGCCGUUUUGCUUACGGCAAUAAUAUGGAUCAUGAUGUGCUACUAUCGACAUACACCAGUUGUGAAGGCAUCCAAUUUUCCACUCACCAACUUGCUCCUCUUUAGCCUAAUGUGUAUCUACAUUGCACCGGCUGUCAACUUAAUGCCACAGUCUAAAGUUACAUGCACAGUAAUGUCCUAUUCAUUUUCAUUAGCAUUAUUGCUUACAUUGGCAAUCAUAACAGCAAGAGCUCAUCUUUUAUCUCGAUUAUUUAUUACUAAGCCUUGGCCAGCCGAUCGAAAUCGUCUCUUGAAUUCAAAUAAAGGUUAUGUUGUACUUAUUAUAGGUGUAAUGAUUAUAGCUGUUAUUCUGCUAAUAUUUCUUAAUUAUAUUGAUCCAUUAUACGUUGAAAGAUAUAUUUCACCAACCAAUGUGGCCUAUCCUUACUGUUAUAGUAAGAAUAGUCUUGGUGUGAUGGUGUUUUCUGCGAUACAGAUUGUAAUGGACUUAUUAUGCAUCUAUUAUGCUUUCAAGAUCCGUAAAAUCCCAAGUAAUUUUAACGAAGCAAGAUACAUCUUUUUCGCUUCGUUAAUAAUGUGUAUGCUAUUUAUUACCGUUUUAUCAGCAAGUUUUGUCGAGCAUGGGCCUUAUGAGACGGCUAUCCAGGUGAUUGGAGUCACACUUAUUUCCCUAAGUACAACUCUUUGUAUCUUUGCUCCCAAGAUUUACGUUAUCUAUUAUGAUAUGGAAUUCAACGUUAAGAAAAAUGCUAUAGCAGCUAUAGUUCAAUAUAGCUUUCAAGAUAAUAUCUUCGGGUCACGAAAUGCAAGUAGUGGAUCUCAAAAAUAA